AUUUUUCUCUUCGCUUCCGCAGUCUGCUUUCUUCUACGUCCGUCCGCCGCGUCUUUGCUUGCUAGAUCUGCGAACGAGAAACACAAGCGUGUUUGGGUGCCUCCACCUGGUUCUUCUCUUUUCCCUCCAGGCCGAGAGCGAGCGCUCGCCUCCUCGCCUCACGAAUCUCCUCUUUCUGUCUCGACCUGCAGCAAGGGCGGCGGACAGAAAAGAUGUAUUUCUCUCGCUCAACGCCCACGAGAACGCAGCUGUCUGCUGUUUUCAUCCUGUCGCAAGGCUAGCUGGAGGCCGGGGCGGACGGUCUCCCGUUUUCCCUCCGCGCCCCGAGGUGUACAUACACCCGAGUCUUCGUCGAGCUCUGAUGUGUACAUACACCUGAGGUCUUCCCCGGCAGAGACGGGGCACCUGCUCUGGAGCGGAAGUUUUUUUCCUCGAUUUUUUCGACGCCGCGUUCACCUCUGCUGGCGCCGCAGCGAAGGGCCGUGAGAGACGGAGAGAGUUGAGUCUUUCCUUUUUAGUCGUUCGAGACGAGAGAAGGGCAAUUGGAGAGAAGCCGAUUUCUUCACGGUGCCGUCGCGUUUCUUGAUCAUGGAAGAAGACUGCGGACGACGUGCGUCUGCUCUGCAUGUCGUUCGGGCGACAGCGCCACCUCGUUCGUCUGCGCAUCUCGAAAGGGACCGAAGGAACCGAGAGUAGCAGAGUCUCUCUCCUCCUCUCACGCUUUUCCACUCCUUCGUCCUCUCCUCUGUGUUGCUCUUCAUCGGUCCGACCUGCGUCGCCGCCGGCUUGCUCGUCGCCUCCGUCCCUCUUUUUGUUUUUCUCCUUCGCCUUCAACUCGGAGGGUCACACUCUUCUCUCUUCUGCGUUGGAACCAUGGGGAUCGGAGGAAGCAAGUCUCCUCCUCUGGAGGACUGGGUCGUGAGGGUGGGCGGAACACAGGAGAUGAAGACGGCUUCGAACGCCGUGGUCACGUCCAAGUACACUGUCUGGAAUUUCGUUGUAAAAAACCUUUGGGAGCAGUUCCAUAAAGUCUCCAACGUGUACUUCGUCGUCAUUUGCUGUCUCCAAAUGAUUCCUCAGAUCUCCACAACCAACGGCGUCCCGACCCUCGCGCUGCCUCUCUCGAUCGUCCUCGUUGUGAACGCAGCGAAAGAUGCUUUUGAAGACUGGCAGCGACACCGAUCAGACCGCAUCGAAAACGGACAGGUCACUCACUGCAUUGCCAUGGCACCCGACCGAGCUGCCUGCUCGCUGCGGCUGAGGGACGCGAAGGAUGUCGCAGUCGAAGUCAGGAGAACAAGUCGGAGCUCGGGGCUGUCUGCGGAGGACCUCGUCGCGACUGCGGAAUGCGCAGCGGCAGCGCAACUCGGUUUGACUUCGGCGCAGGCGCGCGACCUCGGCAUCACUCCGAAGCAGUGGAAAGACGUCCAAGUCGGGGACGUCAUUCUGUGUCUGAAGAACGACUGCUUCCCGGCAGACAUGGUGCUUCUCGCGACUUCCGACACUCGAGGCGGAGCCUUCGUCGAGACCGCGAGCUUGGACGGCGAGACGAAUCUGAAGCUCAAACAGACUCACAGAGUGACUUUCGAGUGGCUCGGCAGUUUCCUCCCUCUCGCGGUGUGCUACCUUCUCACGCGCGCGGGCAGGAUCCGUUGCCAGGUCCCGAAUCGCGACUUGAAUACGUACGAGGGCGUCCUCGAACUCGACGCCGGCUCGUGCGACUUGGGCGAGACCGACGACUCGGAACUCGACGCAGCCGCAGCCUUCGCGAACAAAGCGCGCUGCGGAACGCUCCGCGCCUGGCCGCAGGUCGACGCCGCGCUCUCCGUUCAACAGCUCCUCCUCCGAGGCUGCAGACUGAGAAACACUGAGUGGAUCCUCGGCUUGGUUGUCUAUACCGGACAGGAAACGAAGAUCCAAAUGAACAGUUCAACCCCACCGCGGAAGAGUUCCCGAGUCGAGCGUCUGACGAACAGAUUGACUCUCUCCAUUUGGUUUGUUCAAACGCUGCUGUGUCUGAGUGUUUCCGUCGGCCACACCGUUCUCUUAUUCGAUCCGACGGCGAAGGCGCGAACGUACUUGACUGCCGCUGGGAACUCUGAAGGCCCCGUCGUCUUCUGCAUUUUAAACUUUUUUACGUGGAUGGUCUUGACUUGCAACUUGGUGCCUAUUUCUCUCGUGCUCCAAAUGGGCAUGGUCAAGGCUCUGCAGUCGCUCUUUAUCGCGCAAGACGAAAGCAUGUUUUUCCACCCAGUCCCCAAAGCGCAGAACCUGGAAGCUGGACCCCCCACAGAUCCCGCAGCCCAGCCGUUGGGCUCCAGAGCGUCCCCGGAACCUCACAUCGGCCACUCUGUCUCCUCUCUCUCCGACAGGCCGUCCGCUCUCGCCCUGUGCUCCGCCGGCGAGAACGGCCAGCGGGGAAGCGACAGGCGGCGAGACUCAGCGUCGGACAGACGCUCUGAACAGACUCACAGAUCUUCGAGGAGAGCCUCGAGAAGAAAUUCGAGAAGCGAGUCCAGAGAAAAUUCGAGAAUGAAUUCUGUGAAAGAGGACCGAUCCGAUGGGGAGGGACAACCUACGGGGUCGAUGGCGCUCUCGUUUCACUCGGUUGAACGGCACGCUGCGAGCCUUGUCUCGGCUUCUGACGGAGAAGAUGCCUGUGACGAUCGCCUUGGUUUUCCUUCUUUGCGAUCGCCAGCAUCUUCCCUGGACCCAGCGGGGUCAGGCGAACGAGAAGAGCGACGACGUCUCGACGAGGCAUGCCAUUCUUGCUUGGGCCUCGAGGCGAGACCUCCGUCGCGAGACGGACAGAGGUCUUCUCUCUUGUUUUCCGCGUCGUCGCGUUUUUCUGUUCCUCAGACGCUUCAAGCGCCGCCGGACACGGGGAAAGUCGCCUCGGCAGGCCCGGCGCGUUCUCCAGUUUCGUUCGCAGCCGCUCCUUCCAGCACCCGCUCCUCGAAGUUCUCUCUGGAGAAGGCAGAGGUCGGCGAGAACAUUCGAGACGGCCUUGGCUACCUGGACGUUCUUCCUCUCUCGCCUCUUCUUUCUCUCUGUCGCUUCUUCUCUCGCCUUUCCCUGCGUCGCCCCCCCGCUCGCGACGCGAACCGGGAGGCAACAAGUUUGACGCGUGGGGACUCUCUGUCUCCGUCGUAUGAGGCCUCAGGGCCGUCCGCGGCCUCGAGAGGAGACACUCGCGUUUUUCGCACUGCAUGCGUUGUGGGGCAAGAAAUGUCGGAGUCCCGCUGCUCGGCGCGAUCUUCCUACACCUCUAUCCCUCGAGAAGAGACGCGCAGGUCGCGCUCGCCAGCGGGGGGGCGGGGAGGACGUGAGAUCGCGUUCGUCGCGACAGGCUCUCCGAAGUCGGCGGUCAGUCGAGUCGCCGACGAAAGGACGGAGGAGAAGGAGGCCCAUUCCCCAGGCCUCGCCGCACGACCCCCAGAGCGCAGGACGCCGGAGCAGGGCGCUUGGCCGCGAACCAGCGACUUGAACGAAGAACUCGGACAAGUUUCCUACAUCUUCAGCGACAAAACUGGCACGAUGACUUCCAACGUCAUGGAAUUCCGCAAGUGCUGCGUCCGAGGACUAAGUUACGGACAAGGUCUGACUGAGGUUAGAAGACAGGCACUUCGACGUCUGGGGCUUCCAGUCCCCGCCGAUCCUCUGCCGCCCCCGGACGAGCCCACGACACCGCAAGUGCAGAUGGUCGACUCGGCGCUCCGCCACCAGCUGAACGACCCAAACCAUCCGAUGCACCCGUAUUUGGUCGACUUCUUUCUUCAUUUAGCAAUCAACCAUGCCGUCGUCUUGGAAACAGAUCCUUUCGGAAUGACCAGGUACUCGGCGUCGAGUCCCGACGAAGGCGCGCUGGUCUACGGGGCGAGACACUUUGGCAUCGAGUUUCUCGGCCAGACGCCGAGCGGACUCGAAGUAUCGGUCCUGGGGAGGAAACUCCACGUCCGUGUUCUCGCCUCGGUCGAGUUCUCCAGCAAGCGCAAGAGAAGCAGCAUGCUCUGCGAGAUUCGGUAUCCGGUCUCUGCAGACACACAGACCCGCGCGCCGCGGUCGAAGAAACGCAUCGUUCUCUUCACCAAGGGCGCCGACACCGUCAUUCUGCCUCUGCUCAAGCAGCGCCGAGAAGCCGAGACGCAAAUGCUGAACACCAUGGAGGAGUACGCAGCCGACGGCCUUCGAACGCUCUGCAUUGCCAAGCGCGAGGUCGACACCGACGAAUUCUUCACUUGGUUCCAGGCGUACCAACAAGCUGAAAGAGCCACAGUCGGACGCCAAGAACAAAUCGAGGCAGUGGCGGAGCGCCUGGAAGUCCAGUUGGAGUUGCAAGGCAUCACAGGCGUGGAGGACAAAUUGCAGGCUGGCGUAGCAGACACCAUCGAGAAACUCCGAGCUGCCGGCAUUAAAGUCUGGAUGUUGACGGGGGACAAGGUGGAGACGGCAAUAAACAUUGGGUUUGCGACUUCUCUCUUGACGAGGGAGAUGACUCAGCGAACGUACGUAUGGGAGGAGCUGGACCGCGACAAGGCGCUUCUUCGAGAGCGUCUGGAGGCUCAAGAAAUGAGCAUCUUGGCCAAGCACCAAGGAAAGAGCGGCCGAGGAGAGGCGAAAGGGUCACCGGGACGCGAGAGGCAGGCUCACGCCCUCGUCGUCGACGGAGAGGCGUUGCAGCAGAUGCUCGAGCCGGACAUGGAACAGUUGUUCGUCUCCGUCUGCACCAACUGCGUAACUGUCAUCUGCUCUCGCGUAACGCCUCAUCAGAAGGGCGCCGUGGUUUCGCUGAUCAAACGCCACCUGCAGAAAAUCACUCUGGCGAUCGGCGACGGAGCAAACGACUGCAACAUGAUUCAGUCUGCGGAUAUCGGCAUCGGCCUCAAGGGGGAAGAAGGCAUGCAGGCCUUCAAUUGCUCCGACUACGGACUCGUCCAGUUCCGCUUUCUUUUGCCGCUUCUUUUGACUCACGGGAGUUGGAAUUACCGGCGAAUUUCCAAGUUGGUUCUCUACAUGUUUUACAAGAACUUGGUGCUCGUUCUGCCGAUGUUCUUCUUCGGGUACAUUUCUCUCUUCUCUGGCCAGAAAUUCUACUUCGAGUUCCUCUACCAGAUGUACAACGUCGUCUUCACCGCUAUUCCGAUCACGCUCUACGGCGUCUUCGACCAAGAUGUAGACAAGAAACUCGCUUUGAAGUAUCCUCAGCUGUAUCGCUGCGGGCAAAUCGAUCUGUAUCUCAAUCUGCGUGUCUUCUUAAAGUGGAUGUUGAACGGCGUCUGGCAAGCGAUCGUCAUCUUUGUCGUCCCCACCUUCGUCUUUGGCUGCAACGCCGUCCCCACGACCACCGGUCGCACGAUGGACCUCUGGAUGGUCGGAACCGUGAUGUUCAUGAUGAAUAUGAUUGUCGUCAACAUCAAGGUCCUUCUCGAGACGUACUACCUCACCACCAUCAUCUGGGCAGGUUUCUAUAUCAGCUUGUUGGCGUGUCUGCUGUUCGUUUUCCUCUUUUCGAGCUGGCCAGGCUUUGCCGGCAGCGUCUUGGGUUGUGUCUUUUACCUCUUCAUCGACGCCGCAGCCUGCGCCGUGAUCGCCACCGUCGCCGUGACUUCGCUCUGUCUCGCUCGCGACUGGCUCUGGAAGGCCUUCAGAGUCAACUGCGCUCCUCAACUUUAUCACCUCAUCCAGCAGCGGGAAUACAAUGGAAAUCUCUCAGGCUGGCCCUCGCGGGUGCGAGACCGCGGAGUGGAAGCUUCGCCUCCCGAGGCUGAGCCGGUUCUCUGCAGCGUAGAGUCGCCAGCAGGCUCAAGAUCCUCCUUCAUCCCAGAUGGAGUUUCGCGAUAUCCAGGCGGCUCUCGCUCUCCCAGGCCCCGCGGUCCGCGCCAGUCGACGCGUGGCUACGCCUUCAGCGAAGCCGACCCGUUUUUCAGUGCGACGUUGCGGAAGCAGACGAAUGCAGAUUUCUUAGGAAAGGUUUUGUCGAAGAUCUCCAGUUCCUACGCUUCGUCUGCGUCUCGGCUCGAGGGGCGCCGGAACGCGUCUGGGGUCUCCGACGCGCUCAAGAGCGUCAGGGGAUCGACUGUUUCCUCCAACGGGCAAGGAGACAGGAGCCGCAGAGCGAGCGUAGAUCCGCAUGACAGGAGCCGCAGAGCGAGCGUAGAUCCGCAUGACAGCAGCCGCAGAGACAGCAGCCGACGCACUGACGGCGAAAGUGUAGGGGAGGGUGUCGUGGAGGGGGGGGACUCUGUGGGGUCGAUGGCGGACGUUUCGUCCAGGAAGGCGGAGAGAGAGAAGACAGAGAAACUCGCAGCUCUAGAAAGCCGCGUGAGGCCGAGUUUGGGAGACGCCGGGCGCGCGGCGAGUCGGCGUCGCCUCUGUCCUUUGGACGAAAGUUCCGACGGAACAGACGAAGAUUUUUCUGAAGAAGAAGAAGAAGACGAAAUGGACGAGGAGUGUUACAGGCAUCGUGUGCAGCAGUCCAGAGGAUUGUAACUCAAGACGAAUGAUGCAUGCCCUGCCAAAGAACGGGUGAAGCGAGAGGUUCUGCUCCUGCGAAGGGGGACUUCGACAUGUGUGGCUAGACUACGGAGAGGAAAGCUGAAGAGCGGCAACGACAGAACGCCUGAGCAGGGUGUCGAGAGAGACAGUGCAGAAGGAUGAGCAGGGAGAACGGAGCUUUUUCGGAAUGCGAGAAGAACGAAGAGUUGAGACUGAGCCAGCGUCUCUUUGAAACGUCGUUGACAGGCGCCAAGCUGGUGCAAGAAGGCGUUUUUCCGUUCGUGGUUCGAGAAAAAAUCGAUAUCAGACAGAUGCGAAGAGCCAUGGAGCGGGGAAGCCUUCUGCGAAAUUACGUUCUCGUUUCUUCUACGUCCAUGCCCUUCCUCCCAAAAGGCUCCACGACGGCGUCACGUCGAAUCUGGAACGCUCUCGUCCGUGGAAUUUGUCGCCGAACAAUCGACGCAGACUUUUUCAGCGCAUGCGCCGGGUACCUUGGCCCCUGUGUUCUGGUCGCGUCGAGUUGUUGAACUGUGUGUGAAGUGACUCCUCGGCCGAACAGGAAAACAAAGUUUGUUAAGACAGGAAGCGUUCGCAAGCAGUGCCCGCCAUAGUUCGUUGAAAUUUCUGUGGUUUUCUGGCGAUACGGGUGCAUGGUCAUGUUCUUCUCUGAGGAAAGUUGUGAAGGUGUGUCACGAACUUCGAGGACCUUGAAAGGAAAAACUUGUCAAAACUGCGGAGAGGCAGGCUUCCCAGCCACCACACCCCCUCUUCUCCGCUUCCAGAAAAAAAAGCUUUUUCAAGCAUCUGUCCUCCGUACCGGUCACGCACCCUUCCACUUUUGUCUCCCCUCUCCUGUCCGCCUUUCCUUCUCUGGAAAAACGCGCGACAAACAACCAUCUGCAUCAUUUACGGUUUAGAGUUACACGCUGCCUACUCUAUAGUCAUAUACACCCUCUUGCAUACAUAUGUCUUAUGUUUGCG